AUGUCGACGAUGCCUAACAGAGUUUUGCCAACUGAGUACGAGAUCGCUAUCGUCACCUUGUUUUUGCAGACCCCCAAUUUGAUCACCCUGCGAUUCGCUGACGCGUCUCAGGUUGGAUACGCAGCAACAGUGUAUUUGCGAGUGGUAGACCAGGAUGGUAAUGUCAAAGUAUAUUUCAUAGCGUGUAAAACAAAGGUUGCACCAGUGAAGUCAUCAUCAACGGAUAUGUCGUUAACCAUACCCCGGUUGGAGCUCUGUGCCGCGCUCCUGUUGUCACGUCUGUUGUCGCUACGUUUGAAAACCUUACGGGAUAAAGUCAAGAUUACGCGAGUCCGGGCGUGGACAGAUUCAACCAUUGUUUUAUCCUGGCUCACAGCCGAACAAAGGCUGUUUAAAAUAUUCGUCACUAAUCGUGUAUCCAAAAUACGAGACCUCGUGCCCCAGUGCGAAUGGGCACACGUUGGUACUUCAGAAAAUCCAGCUGACCCUGCCUCGCGAGGAUUACUGUCAGAUGCUUUGUUAGCAUGCUCAUCAUUUUUACAUGGACCAAAAUUCCUUCAUUAUGCUGAAUGCCAAUGGCCGGUUGUUACUACAUCAAGUGUAAGUCCUGAAGAGCUUCCUGAAUAUAAACGCCCAUCAAAAAAUAUGCUUCUAACCCGACAGGUUGAUGCUAGCUUCAUCCAACGUUUUUCCGUGUUGCGCAAGAUACAACGGGUGUUAGCAUACUGUCUUAGGUUUGCUGACAAGGCUCGGCAACGUACGGUUGUGAGUGGACCAAUCACUUGGCUAGAGUACGAGAAAGUAUUAAUUAAGGUAACAAUGUACACCCAAAGGUUAUAUUACUCAGAUUUGUAUCACCAACUAGUAACUUCAAAUUCCAUCGUCACUCCGAGUUCCCUUGCUCAGCUUGCACCCUUCGUCGACGCUCAUGAUAUUAUUAGAGUAGGCGGUCGUUUACAGCAUUUGGGCUUGCGCACCGACGCCAAACACCCUAUUUUGUUGUCGAAAUCGUCUCACCUUGCUCAGCUUAUUGUCCAUCACUACCAUCUCAAUACUUUACAUGGUGGAACGCGUUUAGUAGCUUCGUUAGUUCAGCGCCGUUUCUGGAUCGUUUCAAUUCGAGCUGCGAUUCGUCAAGCCAUAUUCAAAUGUACAGUGUGUACUAGAUACAAGGCCGCAGCUCCCCAACCAUUGAUGCCAGAUUUACCAUCAACAAGGGUCCAACAAUUCCGACCAUUUUCCAACGUGGGCAUGGAUUACGGAGGUCCCUUCACCAUCAAGGAGAGUCAACGCCGUAACUCAAAGACGCAUAAGGCGUAUCUUGGGUUAUUUGUCUGUCUAUCUACCAAGGCUGUGCACCUGGAGGUCGUCACAGACUUGUCGACGGAGGCAUUCCUAGCGUCUCUCGAUCGAUUUGUGGCUCGGCGAGGUAUUCCGGUGCAGAUUCAUUCUGACUGUGGAACUAAUUACGUUGGAGCAGCGAAACAACUCAAGACAUUAUUCCACGAUGCAGCAACGAAGGAAGCACUUCAUGCACGAGUUCCAUGUCAAUGGAAGUUCAAUCCGCCUGCGGCUCCGCACUUUGGUGGUAUUUGGGAGGCUGCUAUUAAGAGUACUAAGUUACAUCUAAAGAAGGUAGUAGGUAAUCAGGUGUAUACUCUGGAAGAAUUGAUGACGCUAAUCACACGUAUUGAAGGUGUACUCAACUCUCGCCCAUUAGUCGCCAUGUCGACCGAUCCGAACGAUUUAUCUGUGCUAACACCAGGACAUUUUUUAAUUGGGCAACCUCUAAUGGCGAUUCCCGAACACGACAUUGCUGACAUUCCGCAGAAUCGUCUCAAGCGCUGGCAGUUAAUUAGACAAGCCCUUCAGUCAUUCUGGAAACGAUGGAGUCGGGAAUAUCUCCAUACGCUGCAGAGCAGACAAAAAUGGUUCCAUCAAAAUCCUAGUCUCGGUGUCGGAGAUAUCGUCGUCAUAAAUUCACCUUCUCGACCUCCGUUGAUGUGGCAGCUUGGUCGAAUCAUCGAGGUCCACCCUGGUGCUGACCAAGUGGUCCGUGUAGCCACUGUCAAGACUGCAGAAGGGACACUGAAACGUCCAGUCGUGAAGUUGGUCAAACUACCUACUGACAACGCUUAACCUUCUUUCAUUGUUCCAUCUCCUGCUUUUUCCCAAAAAUGUACAUAUUUUUUUUGUUUUUUUUUUUUGUUUAAUUAUUACUAUUUCUAUAAUAAUUUUUAUAUGUAUGUUAAUGUAUAAAAUUUCAAUGUAAUCGCACAGUGAUACGGUCUGACCGAGAAAUGUUUACUUUGAAAGCACCCUUUCAAAGCGGGGGAGGAUGUUCGGACUAAGUUCAACUAGAGGGCGCUAGUCAUUUCGAAUUCGAGUUAUAACCCGGUUCCGGUUACGCAUGCGCCAACCUUAUCGGCGGGACAUCGUCGCGUUCGCUCACGAACCGUUUUUACCGUUGGACCAGUACGCGUACGUGUGUCGUUACCGAGCUUUUCACGCCACGCUAAUGUAACGCAAUUUUAACCGUCUAUUAUUCGUUUGUCACGUGUUGUUGUGUGUUCCGUAUA